AUGGAGAAGAAAGCGAGAAAGAAGAACCCCGGUGACAAGGCACACGCGGGGAACAAGCGGGGGGGGAAGAAAAAGGAGAGUUACUCGGGGGGGGUGGAGGAGGUGGAGCAAGUGGACCAAGACGGCGAGGGGGAGGGGGCAGAACAGGCCACCGCGACAACCGCGACAAACCCGACCAGUCCAACCAGUCCAACCAGCCCAACCAGUGUAAGCAACUCCGCGGAGGCGCGGCUGGUCCCGCGGGGCGCGGGCAGGGGGAGGGGCAGGGUGUGCCCGUACCUGCGUACCAUCAACAGGAACCUCCUCGACUUUGACUUCGAAAAGUUGUGCAGCAUCAGCAUGUCCAACCUGCACGUAUACGCAUGUCUAGUCUGCGGAAUGUACUUCCAAGGAAUAGGAAAAGGGACCUACGCCUACACACACGCUCUGGAAAAAAACCAUUACGUCUUCAUCAAUCUGGAGAGCUGCAAAACUUGUUGCCUCCCAGAAAAUUACGAAAUAGAAGAUGCUUCUCUAAAUGAUAUAAAAUAUUUUUUAAAACCAAUGUAUACUGUAGAACAAGUGGAAUACAUUUGUCGCAAUUCCAUUUUGGGAAAAUCGCUAGAUGGGGCAGAUUUCUUUCCUGGCUUUGUAGGCCUCAAUAAUUUAAAACACACUGACUACUGCAAUGUGAUCAUUCAGCUUGUGUGCAGCAUCAUCCCAUUGCGCAACUUUUUUUUAGUGUUCGAAACGAAGAAGUAUAUGGCCAAAAAUAUCAUUUCCUCUUUAUCUGAGCUGAUUAAGAAGAUUUAUAACCCUCGAAAUUUCAAGGGGGUUGUUUCUCCCCAUGAGUUUUUACAAACUGUGGGCAUUGAGUCCAAGAAGAACUUCAAAAUUGGGUCCCAAAACGACCCGCUGGACUUUUUCCUCUGGCUAAUUAGUAAAAUACAUAGGUAUGAGGAGCGGGCGCUGCGGAAGGGCGUGAAGGGGAAGGCCGCCAAGAAGAGGAAGGUUGCCCACGGGGGUGGAAGCGAACAAAGGGAAGAAGAAGGCGGGGAAGGCGAGGAAGACGAAGAGGACGAAGGAGGCAAAAUCCUGCCUGGGCACCACCUCUCGCAGCUGAACUCCAUGCUGUCCUCCUCCAGCGAGUCGCACACGUCGGAAGAGGCUGCCCCCGGCAUGGAUGCAGCAACGAAAAGGAAGAGGAAAAAAAAAAAAAAAAAAAAAAAAAAAUGGAAGUACCACAAGGUAAACAUUAUCGACUACUGCUUUGAUGGGGAGCUAAUCGUCAAAACGAAGAAAAAAAAAAAAAAAAAAAAACGCUCGGAAGGAGAUGACCAUAUGAACAGUGCCCAUAAUACAAAAAAGAGGGAACAAAACGACACGUACAGUGAGCGGAAUGCACGUGAAGAUGCCAAAUUUUCUCACCACUUGGAUAAUGAAGAGGGGGAAGAGGAUGACGUCAGUGAUGAGGACGACGAAGACGAUAUAGACCCAGCUGAGGGGGAAGAAUUGAACGGAAAAAAAAAUUACGUGACGGAAAAAAUUCCAUUCAGAACUCUCUCCCUGAAGUUACCCAACCCACCCAUUUUUAAAAGCACAACAGAAAGUAACAUCAUUCCGCAGGUAUCCAUUUUCGAGUUAUUAACAAAAUUCGAUGGAGAAACGGAGUCCUUUUUAAAUGAAAAAUCGGAGCCCAGCACUUUAAUCAUUUCCAAGUUGCCCAAAUAUUUAGUCUUUACCAUUAAGAGGUUUUCCCGCAACAAUUUUUUUGUUGAAAAAAAUGGCACCAUUGUUAAUUUUGUUAUAAAAAAUUUAGACAUGAAGGAUUACGUACAUGAAGAUUACCUGGAGAAGAACCCCGUGACCAAGUACAAUUUAAUUGCCAACAUUUUCCACAGCGGCUCGGUCAGCAGUGGCACUUACAAAAUCCAUGUCCUCAACCAGGCGUCGAAUGAGUGGUAUGAGAUGGAGGACCUGCACGUGAUUACCGUUUUACCGCAGCUGGUUCUCCUGCCCGAGUCCUGUGUGCAGCUGUAUCAGCGCCAGGAUGUGCAGCUCAACGGGGAGCUCCCCUAG